AUGAAUAAUAAAAAGUUUCAAGUUAAUUUCAAUAACAUUCCAAAAUUACCAAAAGGUAGUUUCGGUGGCGGUUUUGGUUUAUUAGCAUUAGGUGGUGUUGGUUUAUUAGCACUUAGUAGUUUAGUUAAUGUUGAAGGUGGUCAUAGAGCAAUUGUAUUUAAUAGAUUUGUUGGUAUAAAGAAUAAAGUUUAUAAUGAAGGUACUCAUUUUAUUGUUCCAUGGUUUGAACGUGCUGAAAUUUAUGAUGUUAGAGCUAAACCACGUAGUAUUUCAUCAUUAACUGGUAGUAAAGAUCUUCAAAUGGUUAAUAUUACAAUCAGAGUUUUAUCAAAACCAAAAGUUAGUCAACUUCCAGCCAUCUAUAGAACAUUGGGUAAAGAUUAUGAUGAAAGAGUAUUACCAUCAAUUGUAAAUGAAAUUUUAAAGAGUAUUGUUGCACAAUUCAAUGCAUCUCAAUUAAUCACUCAAAGAGAACAAGUGUCAAGAUUAAUCUUUAAAAGAUUAGUUGAUCGUGCUAAAGAUUUCAAUAUUGAAUUAGAUGAUGUUUCAAUUACUCAUUUAAAUUUUGGUAGAGAAUAUGCAGCAGCAAUUGAAGCAAAACAAGUUGCACAACAAGAAGCUGAAAGAGCACGUUUCUUAGUUGAAAAAGCAUUACAAGAUAAAAGAAGUAUCAUUGUUAAAGCAGAAGGUGAAGCCCAAUCUGCUCAACUUAUUAAUGAUGCAAUUAAACAAUCACCAUACUUGGUACAACUUAGAACUUUAGAAGCAAGUAAAGAAAUUGCUCAUAUCCUUUCAAAAUCACCAAACAAAUUAUAUAUUAGCAAUGAAACUUUAUUAUUAAAUGGUUUUGAUUUAAAUAAUAAUCAACAACCAAAAAAAUAA